UCAUUCCUCCCGUUCCCGUGUCCGUGUGCGUGUGCCUCUCCCUUCUUCCUCCUCGCACGGCACGAGCCGGACUCCUCCACAGCGCGCCGCGAGUCCACCACCCCUCCCACCUCUCCACCGUCGCGUCGCGCCGCGCGCGCGGACUCCGAGAGCCGAAUCGGAGCGCGAGGCGGCGCCUCCGGGGCGGAUCGAGCCUAGGGCUAGGGCAUGGGCGGAGGGGACGCCGGCGCCGACCCCGGCGCUGAGCCCGCGGCCGCGCAGGCGACGCUGCACAUCCGGUGCACCAACGGCUCCAAGUUCGCCGUGCGGGCCGACCUGGGCGCCACCGUCGGGGCGUUCAAGGCGAUCGUCGCCGAGAGCUGCGACGUCCCGGCGCCGCAGCAGCGGCUGAUCUACAAGGGCCGGAUCUUGAAGGACGAGGAAACCCUAGCCAGCUACGGUGUGGAGACUGAUCAUACUAUUCACAUGGUACGUGGUGCUGCUCCACCACCAGCAUCAACUGCACGUGCAGCCAACCAAGAAACUUCCUCUACUGCUCCUGCCAGUUCCCCAGCAGCAGGUUUGAGUGGCUUGUUGCAAGGUCUGGGUGGUACAGGGGCUGCUAAUAGUGGAGGGUUGGGUUUGUUUGGAUCUGGCCUCCCAGAAUUAGACCAGAUGCAACAACAGCUAGCUGAAAACCCCAACUUGAUGAGGGAAAUGAUGAAUAUGCCACUCAUGCAGAAUCUAAUGAAUAAUCCUGAUCUCAUGCGCAAUAUAAUAAUGAACAAUCCUCAAAUGCGUGAGCUCAUUGAUCGCAAUCCAGAUCUUGCCCAUGUCCUCAAUGAUCCAAGUAUCCUGCGCCAGACUGUUGAAGCAGCUAGGAAUCCUGAACUUAUGAGGGAGAUGAUGCGGAACACAGAUAGAGCCAUGAGCAACAUUGAAUCUUCACCAGAAGGUUUCAACAUGCUCCGCCGCAUGUAUGAAACUGUCCAAGAGCCUUUUCUGAAUGCAACAACAAUGGGUGGUGAGGGUGAUCGAAAUCCAAACCCAUUUGCUGCUCUUCUAGGAAAUCAGGGGUCCAACCAAGCAAGGGACCCAGCUGCAAACGCACCAACUACAGCUUCAGACCCGGCAGCAGGGUCUCCAGCUCCAAACAUUAAUCCACUUCCGAAUCCCUGGGGCACAAAUGCUGGAUCUGCCCAAGGAGCAGCAAGGCCCCCUCCUGCUAGCAACACAAACACAAGGAGUGCUACAGCAGGUGGUCUAGGAGGAUUGGGCUCAGCAGAUUUAGGAAGUGUGCUUGGUGGUGGCUCUGAUGCUUCCUUCUUGAGUCAGGUUUUGCAAAACCCAACUAUGAUGCAGAUGAUGCAGAACAUUAUGUCUAAUCCCCAGUCCAUGAACCAGUUGCUCAAUAUCAACCCAAAUGUACGUAACAUGAUGGAAUCAAAUACCCAGCUGAGAGAAAUGUUUCAGAAUCCAGAAUUUCUUCGCCAGUUGACGUCUCCUGAAACAUUGCAGCAACUAAUUUCAUUCCAGCAGUCCUUGGUUUCACAACUUGGCCAACAACAAGCUGGACAGGAGCGUACACAAUCAGGCACUGGUGCAGGCAAUGUCAACCUCAACACCUUGAUGAACAUGUUCAGCGGGCUUGGUGCUGGUGGUGGCCUAGGUGUUCCAAAUGCCCCUAAUGUGGCUCCAGAAGAACUGUAUGCAACACAGCUAGCUCAGCUCCAAGAAAUGGGUUUCUUCGACACACAGGAGAACCUCCGGGCCUUGAUCGCUACCGCUGGAAACGUCCAUGCCGCAGUGGAGCGACUUCUUGGGAAUUUGGGCCAAUAGAAUAUGAUCAUAACUGUAGUUGGCAUUGUGAGAUCCUGUCUGGUUCAUUGGUUUUACACCCGGUGAGAUUUGAGAGGCGGCAUCUAGAUUCUGUGUUCUAAGAUGAAUAAGGAGUGUAACAGCAGAACCUUGCAUAUACAUGGGCUCUGGUGUCAGUGAUGGUUAAAAUUGGUGUUGUCGAUGCCUUGGGUUGCUGUACAUACAUACUAUUGAAUGAGCGGGUCUUACUGCAAUGUACAUGGCCGAUGUCUUCUA